AUGAGGGGGUUGGGGGCCCGAUUUCUUCUCCGAUACCUAGGCAGUUCGCCGGGGCGGGUAGGGCCGCCGUUCUCACGUUAUCUCAGGGGCGCCUCAGCCAGUCCCGAGAUUAACACUGAUUGUGGCGAUGAAUUCUCCGGCCGGCACAUGGCGUAUGCCGAUCAGAGGAAGGCGUUGCUUCCCCCCGAAGAUGAACAGGCGGUGAGGCACAUCCCAAUCAAAGCCUACUUCUUCUGCACCAGGUUUUUGCUUCCUGAUCCUCCUUGACAUUCUCAUUGCAUCUGUUUUUGGGGGGGAAUUGGUUCCUGGAGCCGCCUCUCGUUUGAACCGCCGUUUUCCUGUGGAUAGGUUAAUGUUUUCUUUGGAUUUGUUCUGUCCACGUGGUUGGAGUUCACGAGCUGAUGGUAUUUGGCAGCAUUGAUCUCAAGACCAUGCAGGCUGAACAUGCAUACAACGUUGUUCCUCCUACCUCUCGCUCCACAAACUACGUCGCAUUGCGAUACUGCGAUUACCCCUCGGAGAUUGCGGUAAGGGAGGCUUCUUCUGUAAUGGAGAUUCUAUCUUAUUCGAUUUUGCGGUCUGCACCAUUGUCAAGAGCUCAUCGGUGGAAAGAAGACGCCUGCUCCUUACGUAGAUUAAAGCAUAGCGUGAAGAUUAAUGCAGAUGCCUGACGUUGUCACCCUUAUCUAAUACAUUUGGGGUAUUUCAAAUUCAAUCAUGUCUAAAUGCAUAAUUAAAUUCUAUCAGUCCACAAACGUGGAGCAAUCAUGAGAUAAAAAAUGGCUACACAGCAGAAGGAUGCAGGUGUUGAAAAAAAUCUGAAGAAGUUUUUAUCAGGUAGCUCAAUCGAUCAGUGCAAUGCAGGCGUUAAACGGCAGAAAUCUGCGUGCUCAUAAACAAAAAAACUCACAAUCUGUAAGAUUUGCCGUUCCUUUGCACUUUCAGAAGCCUCUCCAUCUGUAAGAUUUUCGUAUUAACCACAGAUGCUGAACAAUUAUAGUCAAAAUUAAUUGAGCAAAAAAGGUUUCUGCAACAUCAAAUUUAUUGCCCGUGUAAGAACCUGUCUGAAGAGCUGUAUGAACAAACAGUGGACCCAAAAAGCUUCCACCGAUUCCAACUGACACGGCAUCCUUUAAGGCCUUCCCAGUGACUCCAACCUUCCAAAGUUUAAUUCUGCAUUUAGACAUGAUUGACAUGAUUCAAGAAGCAAGCAUAAUUUUAAAGCCAGCCCUCUGCCUGCUCCCUAGGAUUUUUUUGACAAUCAGUAACAAUCAUGCAAUCAUAGGGGUGGAGUAUUUGUUAUUCUUGGAUUUCAAAGCAUGUUAUCUAUCGUCAGGUGAUGCUCAUCCUGCGCAAAUCCUAAUUCUGUGCUAGAUGAUGAAUUACUGAUAUUGAAUUGAUUAAAUAUUUGCUCAUGUUUCUACGAAGUUGAAGGUGGUGUCGGUGUGAAAAUAGAGGAAACAUGUGGAGAAGACCAUAUAUGUGGAUCUUCCAAAGCCAGUGCUGGAUUGCUUUAGGGGAAAGUUGAAUUGGAUCCUGUCAGGGGACAUAACUCUGUAAGAAAGCAUGGCUCAAAUUGGAAAUUUAUAAAUUUAUGAAAUCGAAGAAAAAGUUGAAAAUGGAGAUCAAGUGAGAAGUAAAGAGGGAAUAGUACUAUAUAUUUUUCACAUGUGUGGCAAAAAGAUGAAUUCUUCACCUGAGAACAUCUGAAACACCAUAGGAUACCAUGGAUGAGGCAUCCAUUCUAUACGUAGAUGAGGUUCACCGCCUCGGAAGGUUUUGAAAAGUACAUUUUUGGAUAAGGCCUAUGGUCUAAUCUUUUUAUCUCGUCGUAGUUUUCUUCGUGAAUGUUAGGAAUUGUCAAGGGGGGGGGACUGACUGACGUCAAUACUUUUAAAGGCUGAACCAGACUGUUUUGUUCAACCAAAGAAAAUCGCAGUGAUGCCAUUCAAAGGUUUACGUUUUUACAUGUACCAGCUUGUGAUACGCUCUUUAGAAAUGGACUGAGGCUUCUCCUGCUCUUCCCCCACACAAUACGGUGAAGGAAUUAGCACUUUUAGGCGUUGAUGAAAACUUAGCCGAUAAUGAUGAAUCCUAAGAUGACAUUGGGGCCACUGACUCGGAGGAUAAACGCUAGAUUUUUCCAGGGGAGCAAGAUAGUGAAGGCAGGAUGCGUAAUGUCUAACAGUGGGUUAUCAACGUUUAAUGAAUUGAAUUGAAGCAAUAUUCUUGAUGUAAGUGGCCUGUUCUGUAUAGCGUCCUUACAGCUAGUGAGAUUAUCCGCUGUAGACAUCAGCUUAUAAGAGCAGAGAUUUUGAGAGGAUAAUGUUUACGUGCUUAUGGUAUGGUUUUUGCAAUUUUCUAGUGGUGUUAGCUUCCUUCUAACAUGACAUUUUUCUAGUUAAAAAUCCGAACAUCAAAGCCAAGCACCGCCUGUCUUGUGACCAGCAAAGCAGAAACUUUUAUUUAUUUUGCCUUGUCAUUUAAACAGUCAGUACUGCUUCUGACGUUUAAACCAUUUUUCUUUCAGGAUAUGGGCGUCAUUGAGAAUUUUCACCGUUACGUGGUUGUAUUUCAAUACGGAUCUGCGGUCCUGUUUAAUGUUUCAGAAGAUGAAGCCGAAGGUUAUUUGAAAAUCAUUCGCAAGUAUGCAUCUGGAUUACUUCCAGAUAUGAGAAAAGAUGGUAACCUUCUUUUAAUCCUUGAUUGAUCUUGUUGUGUACGUGUGUGUGUGUGGAGAGAGAGAGAGAGGAAGAGAGAGAUUGAACUUGGAUAGCUCACACGUGCGAAAAGACUCCUAACUUUCUUAAUUGUAGAGGUAUAACCAGUAUCUCAAAAUCUGAAGACUGAGGUAUCAAAGAAGCUAUGUGAAAUUAAUGAUUGGAAGCAUACCGUCAUUUUUCAUAUUUUCUUUUGUUAUAUAUGUCUUUUCUGAAAAUUUUCUUCUGUUAUAUACGUUUUUUCUGAAAUCUUCAUAUAGUAUUUCCGAUUCAAAAUUUCUUCCAUCAUAUACAUCUUUCCUGAAAAUUUAUAUCCAAUCGACCAAUUAAUUUCUUAGCAUUAGCGCCAUGAAUCUUAUCCCAUAAAAUUGGAGUUGAUUCAUGGAGCGAAGAAGCAUAUUUUUGGAUUUUCUUUUAGCGAUGGACACUGCUACUCUAUCCACUCCCUCUGCCCCUCCAAAAAAGAAAAAAGAAAACCAGCCCGUGUGUGUACUACAGUGGAGCUGAAUUCCCAUUUUUUACCUUCUACAUCUAAAUUUUAAUAUCAUGCUAUAGAGGAGCCUACAAGAUGGGUCUAUUUGUUCUUCUGAAAAAAAAUGAUUUGGAAUGUCUCACAUUAUUACCUGAUAUUGCCGAGUUUUACUCCCCUCACCCUGUUAAUAGAUGCGAAUCAUAUUCUUCCAGAUAGAGUUGAUAAAGCUUAUGAAAUCUCCCUCUUUGAUAUUUUUCUUCAGUAUAUGGGAUGAUUUUUUCCCUUAUGAAGCGGCACUUCUGUUAAUUUUACUUCCAUCUUGUAUUCGUAGACUAUGCGGUUGUUGAAAAACCUCUGCUGAUGACAUGGAUGCAAGGAGGGCCGGAUCACAUAGUUCUUAAAAAUUUGGAUGGAGAUGGCAUCCGAAUAAUAGGAAGUGUUCUUGGCCAAAGUAUUGCCCUUGAUCAUUACAUACGACAGGUAUUAUACACAGAUACCCCCCAAUAACGAAGAACAUUGAAAAGGGACAUUUCUUGAGCUUUUUUCUAUGCAGGUCGAUGAUAUGAUCGAAGAAUUCACCGACAUAAAUCGUGUUAUGGAAAAGACCGGCACCUUCACCAUGGAAAGAAAGAAGCUCUUUCAGCUUGUGGGGAAGGCGAACUCGAACCUUGCAGAUGUGAUCCUGAAACUCGGUCUCUUCGACAGGUAACUCCCCAAGGUAUCACUGGAACUUGUUCAUCAGAAGUCAAAAUCCUACGUGGGCAUAUUGCCAAAUGCAGAAUCGAGCAAUGUUUCCUUUUAUGGGCUUAUUCAUCCUACGUGGGCAUUAAGUAGAUCUUCAGAUUUCCAUUUCUGGCAUCUGCAGAUCUGAAAUCGCCUGGAGAAACGCACAUUAUGAUCAGAUCUUGGAGUACCUUCGCGAGGAGUUCGAGCUCACUCAGCGUUUCGGGAGCCUAGACUUCAAGCUGAAAUUCGUGGAGGUGUUCUUAUUCUCCUUGGAUCAUCAUCCUUUGGACUGACCCAUCGACGAUUUUUCACUCCGAUGCUGGUCAACCUGCAGCACAACAUCCAUUUUCUUCAAGAAGUCCUCCAGAAGAGAAGAUCAGACUUCCUGGAGUGGUGCAUCAUCGUCCUCUUAGCCGUGGACAAUAUGAUAUCGAUAUACGAGAUCGUUCAAGAGUCCGCCGUCCCUUCUCCAUGA